GUGCAUUUCUCUUCUAUUCAUUUUACACAUACUAUACAAACAUUCAAACAUUUUUUUUAAAAAAAAAAUUAGUUAUAAGAGAUAUAGAGAGUAUACAUAUAUAGAGAUCAAGAUUUGUUGUAGUAAAAGAGAAGAGACACCAUGGUUGCAAGUCGAGUGCUCGUUGUAUUCGCAGCUUGCCUUCUUCUUCCCACGUCCGUCGACUCUAUGGUUCGACGUUACAACUUCACGGUGGUGAUGAGGAACACGACGAGGUUGUGCGCGUGGAAACCAAUCGUGGUAGUAAACGGGAAGUUCCCGGGGCCCACUCUCUACGCAAGAGAAGACGACACGGUUCUUGUGAGGGUAUCCAACCAAGUCCAACAGAACGUUUCAAUUCACUGGCACGGAGUGAGGCAGUUUCGGACCGGGUGGUCGGACGGGCCAGCGUACAUAACCCAAUGCCCAAUCCAGAGAGGCCAAACAUUUGUGUACAACUUCACAGUCACAGGGCAGAGGGGGACUCUGUUUUGGCAUGCACACAUCAAUUGGCAAAGGUCUACUGUCUAUGGUGCAAUUGUCAUACUCCCCAAACGCGGCCUUCCUUACCCCUUUCCUAAGCCUUAUAAGGAGAAAAUCUUACUCUUAGGAGAGUGGUGGAAAUUAGAUGUUGAAGAUAUGAUCAAUAAUGCAAUGAGACUGGGGAUUCCCCCAAAAGUAUCAGAUGCUCACACUAUUAAUGGCCUCCCUGGACCUACUCCUAACUGUUCCAAAAAAGGCUACACAUUGGAAGUGGAGAGCGGGAAAACGUAUUUGUUGCGCAUCGUGAACGCGGCGGUAAACGACGAGCUGUUUUUAAGGAUUGCGGGCCACAAGUUAACCGUGGUCGAGGUCGACGCUACUUACGUUAAACCCUUUCAGACCGACACGAUUUUCACCGGUCCGGGUCAGUCCGUAAAUGCGCUUCUAACCGCAAACCAGAAUCCGGGCAGAUACCGCAUAGCCAUUUCUCCUUUCAUGGACACCGCCAUACCCAUCGAUGACCAAACCACAACCGGUACUCUAAGGUACAAAGAAACUCGGGCGUUUCCCAACAUCACGUUGACGAAAAUGCCCCUGCGGAACGCAACACGCGUGACGACGAAUUUCUUGGACUCACUAAGGAGCCUAAACUCGAGAGCGUACCCUACAAACGUCCCACAAAGCGUCGACCACUCCUUGAUCUUCACGAUUGGGGUCGGUAUCAACCCGUGCCUGUCGUGCCCGAAUGGAACCCGAUACGUUGCACACAUAAACAAUGUGAGCUUUGUAAUGCCAAGCACAGCCCUCCUCCAGGCACACUACAACAACAUGAGCGGAGUUUUCACGGACAAUUUUCCGGGAAGGCCUCCGGUUCCUUAUAAUUACACGGGCAGGCCCCCGAGGAACACGGGCACGCGGAACGGCACGAAGGUUUACAGGCUGGGGUUCAACUCCAGUGUUGAGGUUGUGUUACAAGGGACUUCUGGGGUUGCACCAGAGAGCCACCCAACACAUUUGCAUGGCUUCAACUUUUAUGUUGUUGGGAGAGGGGUUGGGAACUUUGAUCCCCAAAAUGACCCUGGCAAAUUCAACCUGGUUGAUCCUGUUGAAAGGAACACACUGAAUGUGCCCACUGCUGGUUGGGCUGCCAUCAGAUUCAGAGCUGAUAAUCCUGGUGUUUGGUUUUUGCAUUGUCAUUUGGAGGUUCAUACAACAUGGGGGCUAAAGAUGGCAUUUUUGGUGGAAAAUGGUGAGGGCCCCAAUCAAUCUCUCCCUCCUCCUCCAAGUGAUCUCCCUCAAUGCUGAUUUUGUCACUUAAAUGAACAGACCAAAAAAAAAUUAUGGGGUUUGAAUUGUAUGUAUGAAUAAAAUGAAUGUGGAUUCUUGAUUGGUUUGGUUAAGGCUUUCUGUUUGGCUUAAAAAAUGGGCUGUCAAUUGUGUUUGUAUAUUCUUUAUUAUUAUGAUAUAAAUAAUAAAAAAACAAUCUAAGUACAUGUAAUCAUACAAAUAGUUAAAAGCAUUAAUAAUAGAUUUUGUUUCCU